GUUCUUCCUUCCUCCCACACCGCAGGCGAGCGUUCUCGUAUCCGAUACUGCCGGAGGACAGGCCCGGCACGGCCGGCCUUCACUUCUCCCGGCCGUACUCGCCGCCUCUAGCCGUCCCGCGCCAUCCCAGCCGACGCCUCCGGUCUCCCUCUCCUCCCUCGGCCCUGCACAGAUCUGCCGCCGCCGCUGCCGCUGUCGCCAAGCAUCCAGGCCUCCGGCACCAGGCGACGACUGGGGCCGGUGUCCCUUUCCUCCCUCGGCCCUGGAGAGACCUCCCGCCGCCGCUGGUCGCCUAGAAACCGGGCCGCCUCCACCACCAGGCUCCCUCUCCUCCGUGUGCCCUGCAGAGACCUGCCGCUGCCGCCGCUCGUCGCCUAGCAUCCAUCCAGGCCGCCUCCGGCAGGAGGCAACGACGCCGCCGGAAUCCUUUCCAGCCCGGCCGCCGCUCUCUCUCCUCCGUCGGCCGCCAUUCCUCCACGCUUCGAGCUCCCUAGGCAGGAAGAGCAAAAUCAUACAUGAAUGGUUCCUAGGCUCAUAGUCAAUUGGAAGAGAAGAUAAGUGUUCAAGAACAUUAAUAAAGGGAUGAGACUAGGAAGCAUAAAUGGACUACGGUGCAAGCAGCUUAAACUUGUCAUUCUUGCUUCUUUCAUGGUGUUUCUUCUCUGGAAAUGGGAGAGAGGAACAUACUACACUACUGAAAUCCUCCGGCCAGAUUUAUUGGUUUUGACUCAUCCAGCUAACUCAAAGUUUGUAGAUCAGCAUACAUCCUCCGAAGAAGACUUUCCAAAUGCAGAUACAUUGACACAAUCAGUAGUUAAAGUAGAACAGCAAGCAAGUAAUGCACCACCACCACUGUCCACAGUAAGACAUUCUGCUGAUGCCGCAGAUGAAAGAGAACCACCAUCUUCUGGGAAGAAAGAUUGUAACUACAGAAAUGGAAAAUGGGUUUCUGACAACCGCAGACCACUAUAUUCAGGUUUUGGCUGUAAACAAUGGCUUUCUGGGAGCUGGGCAUGCAGACUAACACAGCGCAAAGAUUUUGCUUAUGAAAAAUAUAGGUGGCAGCCUGAAGGUUGUGAGAUGCCAGUGUUUGAGGCUUCACAGUUCUUGACAAGAAUGCAAGAUAAAACCAUUGCUUAUGUGGGUGAUUCUUUAGGGAGGCAAAUGUUUCAAUCAAUGAUGUGUAUGGCCACUGAAGGAAAGGAGAGACCAGAUGUGGAAGAUGUUGGUACAGAGUAUGGUUUUUUAUUAGCUCCAGGCGCAAAAAGACCAGAUGGCUGGGCCUACCGAUUCCCAAGCACCAAUACAACCAUUUUAUACCAUUGGUCAUCAACACUCUGUGAUUUGGAGCCUCUGAAUCCAUUGGAUCCAGCCACCAGUUACGCCAUGCACCUUGAUCGUCCACCUGCUUUUCUGAAGAAUAACCUUCAUAGGUUCCAUGUUCUUGUUCUUAACACUGGCCACCACUGGAACCGAGGGAAGUUAAGGGCAAAUAAGUGGGAGAUGUAUCUUGGGGGGGCACCAAACAACAACAGGAAUAUUGCUGUCAUCUGGAAGGCCAAAAACUUCACCAUCCACAGUGUUAUUAAGUGGUUGGAUUCCCAACUUCCUCACCACCCACAGCUGAAGGUGUUCUAUAGGUCAAUAUCUCCUCGGCAUUUCUUCAAUGGUGAUUGGAACACUGGGGGUAGCUGUGACAAUACAAGUCCAUUGGCCAAGGGAAGUGGCAUUUUCCAAAAUCAUUCUGACGACGCCGAUGCUGAGGAUGCAGUGAUGGGAACAAGGGUGAAGCUUUUAGAUAUAACUGCCCUAUCACGUUUGAGAGAUGAAUGUCAUAUAUCGCGUUACAGUAUUAAAGCCACACAAGAAGUUCAAGAUUGCUUGCACUGGUGCCUUCCUGGCUUACCAGAUACAUGGAAUGAGAUCCUUGCAGCCCAGUUGUAGUCUCUAGUUUAAGUUCUUGUAUACAGCGAUUACUAGAGCUUUUGUCCCUCUGGAAGAGGAACACCAAUCAGCGAUGGAUUCUUUAGGAAGCUUUUUUUAUUUGUAGCUAUGAGCUUCUUGUAAUGUAGUAUUACUUCCAUCCCAUAAUUAGUUCAAAUUUAAACUACAGAUAGGUACUUAUUAUGAGAUUGAUGUAGUAACACCUUUUGUAUUUUCUUACUGGGUCUGGCCAUUUAAUUGAUUGGCAGCAAGGACGUACUCUUGAGGAUAAGGGCACGUUCAAUCCACAGACAGCAUGUUCAAUCCACAUACGGUAGUUACAAUUAAAAAGA